AUGAGUGACGAGGACACCGAGGCUCCUGGUCGAAACCCAGCACCCAUGCCUCUUUUCUGCCGGGCCCUUUUCCGACUUGGAAGAGCGAGCCCUGGAGGUCCAACGGGCGCUCCUCCAAGCGGAGCCUUGGAGGGCAAGGCCGGCACCAUUACCUCCAACGAGUGGAGCCCUCCUAACUCCCCUGAGGGGAGCAACGUCUCUGGGGGCAGCCAGGCAUUGGACAAGCCCAUCGACAAUGAUGCGGAGGGUGUAUGGAGUCCGGACAUCGAGCAGAGCUUCCAGGAGGCCCUGGCCAUCUACCCCCCUUGCGGCCGCCGCAAAAUCAUCCUCUCGGAUGAGGGCAAGAUGUAUGGUCGGAAUGAGCUGAUUGCCCGCUACAUCAAGCUCCGGACAGGCAAGACCCGCACCAGGAAGCAGGUCUCCAGCCACAUCCAGGUGCUGGCCCGUCGCAAAGCCCGCGAGAUCCAGGCCAAGCUAAAGGACCAGGCAGCUAAGGACAAGGCCCUGCAGAGCAUGGCUCCCAUGUCGCCCGCCCAGGCCAUCUCCGCCACAGCCUUCCACAGUAAAAUGGCCCUCGCCCGGGGCCCAGGCCACCCAGCAGUCUCAGGGUUUUGGCAAGGAGCUUUGCCGGGCCAAGCUGGAACAUCCCAUGAUGUGAAACCUUUCUCUCAACAAACCUACGCUGUCCAGCCUUCGCUGCCUCUGCCAGAGGCUGAGGCGUGGACCCGUCCCCAUGUGCCUUUCCUGCUGCAUGCAGGGUUUGAGUCUCCUGCAGGACCCGCCCCAUCGCCCUCAGCGCCCCCGGCACCCCCAUGGCAGGGCCGCAGUGUGGCCAGCUCCAAGCUCUGGAUGUUGGAGUUCUCUGCCUUCCUGGAGCAGCAGCAGGACCCUGAUACGUAUAACAAGCACCUGUUUGUACACAUUGGCCAGUCAAGCCCAAGCUACAGUGACCCCUACCUCGAAGCCGUGGACAUCCGCCAGAUCUAUGACAAAUUCCCAGAGAAAAAGGGGGGACUCAAGGAGCUCUUUGAACGGGGACCUUCCAAUGCCUUUUUUCUUGUGAAAUUCUGGGCAGACCUCAACACCAACAUCGAGGAUGAAGGCAGCUCCUUCUACGGAGUCUCCAGCCAAUAUGAGAGUCCGGAGAACAUGAUAAUCACUUGCUCCACCAAGGUCUGCUCCUUUGGCAAGCAGGUGGUAGAGAAAGUGGAGACCGAGUAUGCCCGCUAUGAGAAUGGCCACUACUCAUACCGCAUUCAUCGGUCCCCACUCUGCGAGUACAUGAUCAAUUUCAUCCAUAAGCUGAAGCACCUGCCCGAGAAAUACAUGAUGAACAGUGUGCUGGAGAACUUCACCAUCCUGCAGGUGGUCACCAACAGAGACACGCAGGAGACCUUGCUGUGCGUUGCUUAUGUCUUUGAGGUGUCAGCCAGCGAGCACGGGGCUCAGCACCAUAUCUACCGGCUGGUGAAAGAAUAA